CCAGGGCUUUGCGAGGAUAGGGCAAGAGAUGAAAAACGCGCACCUGCUUUAGAGGCAUUACGGUAACGCAGCAAACUGUCCCCCUCCUGCAACUCACACACUCCACACUCGUGUACUCACACACACAGCCCUGAUUCAACCCUGAUUUCCAGCGAACGAGCAAGCAACAGUCCGGGGAUGCCCAAAAAGUGAGGACCGUGCGGAGAGGUUCCCUCGCGCUGAAAGAAGAAGCCUCGUGGAGAAAGAGAGAAGGCGCUGCGUGGGAGAAAGCAGACGAAAAGGGCUGCGCUCGUUCUCCGCGGCAACUUGCGCACAGUGGCAGAGUUUUUAGCGGCAGUAUUGUUCUGACUUCACUCCAGAGGGGCCACUCCGAGGAGAGAGGACGCACACAAAAGGGAAAAAGGAAAAGGACUAACGAGCAACGCUUUGUCGUUCAAAGUAAUGGUCCUGCGGUCUUAGAUCCUAGAUUUCUCUGUCACUCUCUCUCCUCUCCUCUCUGUUUCUUUUUUGAUUUUUUCGUCCCGUCGAUCGGUUGGUGUCCCCCCUCUCUCUUUUUUGUCGCCGCGGCAGAGUGGACGCGCCGGGGGCUCGAGGAGCAGAAGCGGGGCUGUCCACAUGGUCCAACCACUGGCGUGAAAGUUGACUUCUUCAGAACACAAGAGAACAGGUGCCAGUGAUGAUGGUGGAAUCAGCAUCUGAGACCAUUCGAACAACGCCGUCCAACCAGAACGGAGUCAGCAGCCUCAGCAGCCAAUCAGAUGGAGGGGGAGGUAGAGAGGGCGGGUCUAACGGAGACGCCAAUGGAGAGAUCAGCCCUGUUGACUUACUGCACCUGCAACAGCAACAGGCGCUCCAGGCAGCCAGACAGUUCCUCCUCCAGCAGGCCUCUGGACUCAACUCCCCCGGCAGCAACGAGGUCAAACAGAGUCCUGUGCAGGUUCCUGUGUCGAUGGCCAUGAUGAGUCCACAGAUGAUCACUCCUCAGCAAAUGCAACAGAUUCUGUCUCCCCCUCAGCUCCAGGCCCUGCUACAGCAACAGCAGGCUCUUAUGCUACAGCAGUUACAGGAGUACUACAAGAAGCAGCAGGAACAGUUGCAUCUCCAGCUUCUGACUCAGCAGCAGCAGCAGCAGCAGCAGCAACAGCAACAGCAGCAGCAGCAGCAGCAGCAGCAGGCUGGGAAGCAAGCGGCAAAAGAGCAGUUAGGGAGUAAGCAGUUGGCCUUCCAGCAGCAGCUGAUCCAGAUGCAGCAGCUCCAGCAGCAGCACAUCCUCAACCUCCAGAGACAAGGCCUGGUCCCCAUGCAGCCCACUGCCACCAUGCAGUCCCUGCAGCAAGCAAUGUGUCCGUCAGACCUCCAACAGCUGUGGAAGGAGGUGUCGGGCAUCCAGAGCAGUGAGGAGGCCCUGAAACAGGCCGAGGGCCUGGACUUGAGCACCAACAGCUCCAACUCUACCUCAGCCUUCCCCAAAGCUGCCAGCGCUCACAUCCCACUGCACAGCCUGAUCAACGGACAGAGCCACACCCCAAAGAGAGACAGAGCCCGACUGUUUGAAUGGAUAUCCUCCUUCACCAAGGCAGACAGCGGCGAUGACCAUGUCCCCCUUUACUCCAAAGGCAGCCAACUCCCCAGCAGCCAUCACGAGGAACAUGCUGGUUCCCAUCCUCUCUACGGCCACGGAGAAUGUAAGUGGCCCGGCUGUGAAGCACUGUGCGAGGACAUGGGACAGUUCAUCAAGCACUUGAACAAUGAGCACGCCCUAGAUGACCGCAGCACUGCGCAGUGCCGAGUCCAGAUGCAGGUGGUUCAGCAGCUGGAAAUACAGCUGGCGAAAGAGAGCGAGCGACUUCAGGCAAUGAUGGCCCACCUGCACAUGCGCCCCUCAGAGCCAAAGCCUUUUAACCAACCUCUGAACCUGGCUUCCAGUGGCUCUUUGUUAAAGCGGGACUCUGAUGCCUACCCAGAGGGUCUUCCUCACCCCCCCACCUCGGCCGCUGCCCCCAUCACGCCUCUGCGCCAGGGACCCUCAGUCAUCAGCUCCUCCAGCUUGCACACACACUCCCACUCCCACACGCACGGCGUCGGGCCCAUACGUAGGCGCAACUCCGACAAGUACUGCACCCCCAUCGCCUCAGAGCUGGCUCAGAACUGUGAGUUCUACAAGAACGCUGAUGUCAGGCCUCCCUUUACCUACGCCUCUCUUAUACGUCAUGCCAUUCUGGAGUCCCCAGACAGACAGCUGACCCUAAAUGAGAUCUACAACUGGUUUACGCGAAAGUUUGCCUAUUUCAGGAGAAACACAGCCACGUGGAAGAAUGCUGUGCGCCAUAACCUGAGUCUGCACAAAUGUUUUGUCCGUGUUGAGAACGUGAAGGGAGCUGUGUGGACUGUGGAUGAAGUUGAAUACCAAAAGAGGAGACCACCAAAGAUGACCGGAAGUCCUACUCUGGUGAAAAACAUGAUUUCAGGCCUGGGCUUUGGAUCCCUAAACGCCAGCUACCAGGCGGCUCUGGCAGAGAGCAGUCUGUCACUGCUGAACAGCCCUUCCCUGCUGAGCCCUCCUUCUGCCGCCAGCCUCAACAUGCUGCACGUGGGCCACGAUGAUGUCAGCUCCACUGUGGAGCAGGUUAACAGCAACGGAAGCUGCAGCCCCACACUCAGCCCUCAACAGUACAGCCACCCGGUGCAUGUGAAGGAGGAGCCCACUGACCUGGAGGAGGACAGUCGGCCUGUGUCUCUCCUGGCUGGCGUCACACAUAGCAUGGCGUUGCCUAGCGACGAGCGCGACCUGGAGGAGGAUCUCCCCACCGAGGAGCUCGAGUAAGACCAAAUCACGAAGGACCAGAGGGAUGAGACAUCACCAGACCAAAACCCCCUGAGCCCUCUCGUCAGUGUGAAGAGGAAACAAAGCUACAGUACACUUAAAAGAGAGAAAAAGAGAAUGUUUUUUUUUGUUGUUUUUUGAGAAAAUGCAAGCAAACAAGGACGACUUUGAGAAACUCCACACAGGGUUAGAUGACCUUUGUUACAGACGCAAAAAAACAAAGACGUGGAGCACUGCUUUUCCUCCGUGUGUUUCUUUUAAAAACACGUGGCUCAGAGGUGUAACACCACUUGAUGCAUACACACACGCACACACAUACACACACACUCAUACACCAUGUGUCAUCUUCACCCUGGUUGAAUCCUCCUAUAUGUAGAGAUGUUUGAACACACACUCUCCUCCUCGCCCCACCACUCUGCACACACCAUCCUCCGCACUGUCGCCUCGGACUGCCCGGCUAACAUUUUUAUCUCUACGUCAAGACAAGAGUGUGUGAGCGAGAAAGACACACACAGGAUCAUGUGUAUAUAGAGCAGUCGACAGAGACUGUGCAGUAUACCUCUCCAUCUCCCGCCCCUCUUUGAGUCAAUCACUUGCUUUUUUAAUUUUCUUUGAUUUGGUUAGAAAUUUAACUUUUUGGUCUUCAAGACAAGAAAGAAGAGUGCUAUCAAAGAUUACCUCCAAAACAGUGCUCCAACACCUCUGCAAAGCAGGCUUCUGUCUCCAAGUCCAAGAUGAUGCUGACCCUACAGAGGCGGCAUGGCUCUGUUCCCUCUCCAAACUUCUGCCCCCCCCCCCUCAGCGAGAGACGUAGUGACAGACAUCUUUUAAACUCUUUGCUUCUAAGUGAGAAAAAAAGAAGACACUGUCCUUCCCCACCUCCAUCCCUUCCCAACCAUCCCCCAAAAAAGAGACAGAAUAGGACCAAUUGUUGCUGUCCUUCUCCUCCCCACCGUCUGCGGGUGGAGGGACGAAACACUUUGAGACGAAAAAACGAGAGGAAGCAGAGAGCGAAAUGAGAGAGGACGCGUCUACAGAAAUAUUGUGACUUUGAAAAAAAAAAUAGAAAACUGUUCAUUAUUAUGGAAUAUAACAAGAAAAAAAUGUGUGGUAGCUUUUGUCAUUUCCUUUUUAUUUUUUUUUAUUUGACGUUAUUAUCUUUGUUUUAUUUUUGAGGAUCAAUAUUUCCACGGUGGUGUUCUGUUUUGACAUACCUUUUUUUUAAGGAUGCUGUUGUUUUUGUUUUGUAUUGUAAUUUUUGUUUGAUUUACUCUGGCUGUUCACACCAUUCCAAAUGAAUAUUGGCAAAGAAGAAAAAAAAAAGCGCAGUAUUGUCCCAACUUGUGAUACCUGACCCCUAAUUCUGCCCUUUUCCGUUUCUGUCCAAAGUGUAGCAGGCAAGAAAUCUGAAAAAUAGCACUUAAAAUUGCCAUUACCCAGACGAAUUAUUCAACAGCUGUUCCAUUUUUUUUUUUUUUUAUUCUCUCUCCUUCACUUGUUUUCGGUUAUGUAUUUAGUUGAGAAAUAUCAGUAAUGCUUUAAAAAUAUAUAUAUGAAUGCUGCAGUCGGAGAAUACCUCGGCCCACAAAGGUUCCGCCUGGAACUGAGUCCAAAUGAAAAAACAAAAGAGGAGGAAUUCUUUCUGUGGGACACCAAAAGCGGCAUCUCUGCUCAGCUUGGAUUCAAAGCUCUAUGGUUGUAAUAGUAACUGUUUAGAAGCUUUUCGGCGAUUCACUGUGUGAGUUUGUGUUCAAGGAAUAGCACGUGAGAUUUAUUUUUAUUUAGUUUCGCUUUCUGUGAGCAUAAAAGCAUUACUUUUUCUCUACAGUGCCAUACCAAAUUUAACAUUUAUUUUAAUCUAUUAUCUGCCUAUUUCCUUUUUAUUUUUGUUACAGGUAACCAAAGAAAUACGUAGAAAACCAAAAACCCUGUAGAUUAUUUUGCCCUUUUUGAGUUUCCUUUUUCUUUUUUUUUUUGUCUUCUUGAAGAAUUGGCCAAAAGACAACAAACCAGGAGUUUGAAUUCUUAUUAUUGUAUUCAUAUAACUAUUGUGUUGAACUUCUUUUACAUGACUUACAGUGCUGACCAUUCCAAAAACCAAAGUGUGUAAAGCGAACUAGAAUUUGGAGACAUCAAAGCUUUUACAAGAUAAGCCGUUACAUGUGACUCACAUUAGAUGAGAGGCCAAAAAACGAGUAUUAAGAAACCUCGCACAGUUCCUCUGAAACACAUGAAAAGAGAAAAGAAAAGAAAAGCACUUAGAGGUGAAACCCUGUCUCUCCCACAAACCAAGGACUGAAAAACAAAAGGCACUCUUGAGGCAUUUGAACACAAAAUCUAGGUACCUUUAACAUCUGAGACAUGAUUAACAAGACAUUAAGUACAUAUUUAAAAUAUUUGUCUUUAAAUUGGAUUUUUUCUGACACAAUCACAAUUAAAACUAGUUUUUGUCAAUCUAGACAGAACAUACCCUCUUGAUCUAAAUGCAGGAAGAGAACAUUAUUUAGAGAAGGACUUAUUCCCCCCUAAAAACACACAUUACAGUAAAGAGGGAAAUACACGACCAAGGGACAUCAUGUAGUCAAAAAGUUUGGUUCAUAUUUUCAUACUUUCUCUCAAACUCUCUCUUGCACUUCAGACAAUUUUUCUUAUUUCAUGAAAGAAGCUUUCUGAAGACUUUGUGUUCACACAGGACUGUUUCCUGUCACAUUAGAGACUGAUUUCUAACUGAGUACAAAGUGGCAGCAGACUGGCAUCUUGAAACAAGAUAAAAACCAAAAAUAACACUACCUCCUUUUCAAAAAAAAAAAACGGUUUAACACAUAGCCAAUGAGAGACUGAACGCUCUUUGAUAUUUUUUUUUUCUCCUCCUUUCUUCCUGGAUAAUAAUAAUAAAUGCCAAAAUUGUUGUUUAACUUACUGUAUGACUGACUUAAAAAGAAGAAAAGAAAAAAAGAUCCGGACUCCCUGAUACAUCUGCUCGAGCCCAAAAAACACAGAGACGUUUCACUCUCCAUGGAUUUAAAAAUGACUACCUCUCCUUUAACUACAUUUUAAGCACUCUCGAUGUCUCAAAGUGUGCUGUGAAGUGUUCGCUAUAUAUGAGAAGUUUUCUAUCAGCUGUGUAACACUGACCAUCGAUCUGCACCACUGAGCUAUGUGAACAGCCUCCCAACUGUCCGUGUGCAUAUUCAUGACAAACUGGUGGUUGAUGACUGGCAGAAUAUAUUGGUGAAAUAACACAAAGCAGUGUAACAGAAGCGUAGAUGCAGGGCUAUGGGUUGGUGCAACAGAGGCUCUGACCAUCCAGAUAUCCAAAGACCCCACGACACAGCAGCACCCGCACCACCAAAACACUCACAGAGACGCUGAGAGGAUUAACACACGUAAUAAAACUCAUCACUACUACUAGUUCUAUCCAAACCGAGAGGAACUGCUGCAAACUGAACAUAGAUGAUCUCCGACUCAUGCUUUAAGGUACACCUGUAAACAAAGCUGUUUUAUAAAGAUGUAGAUUGUUCACAGGUCGCCAUGUAACACUUCUGUUCUUUCUCCAGCUUGGCUUAACAUGAUGUAAUCUUGUAUAUUAAUGCUUGACUUAUCUCUCCAGGGCAUUCUUUCUCAUUGUGUCCUUUGAUUUUUCUCUUCAUUUCUUUCUGCACCUGUUUUAGCUAUUGUAAAGCUCUGAUUCCUAUACUGUACUGCUAAUGCUGAAGUAUAUGUAUUUAUCAUACUAAGUGCUGCAGGUAUCUUGGUUUAUUAGUUCUGUUUUUUUUUGUUUUUGUUUGUUUCCACUUUUUUUUCAGUUCUUCAUAAAACGUCUGGGACGCUGAUUUUUUAAGUGUAUUAUCUCUCUAAAAAAACGAAAAGAAUAAAAGUUAGAUCUGUGGUUUAGGUAACACCUGUUUGUAUAUUUAUCUUAGCUAGGUCUAUUUUGAUACUUUUUUGUCUCUGUACUGCAUUUAUGCAUUUUUAAGGAAAGAAAAAAAAAACACAAAUGGAAAACAAACUAAAAAAAAAGUACUUCAUCAUGUAUUGAUACCUCAGAAGGACUUUUUUUCUCAAAGACAGGACCAAAACUCCAAAAAAAAAAAAGAAAAAGUGUCAGAAUAUGUAGCCCCUCUCUUGCUUUAAAAAAAAAACCGCAGAGCUUUUGAAAGGUGUUGCUGUUGGUCCUCUCAGGUGCCAAUAUGUGUCCCAGCUCCCUCUGACCCCAACCCCUCUCAUUCCUGUGCUGAACUCCGACCUGCAGAGCUGUCAGUCAUUCGCAGGCGCCAUGGGGCUGUCGCUGUGCCACACACUUUGAUUUGUGCUUUGAUUUUUUGAUACUCAUCCCCCAGCUGUUGUCUCAAUACCAAAAUGUGGAAUGGCUCUGAGAGAUGUAGCUCAUCCUCUGACAACCAAAGGCAUUGCAAGCAAACAUUUGCUUAGUCCAAACUCCUGAACUGUAACCAAACUAAUGCCACAACCUUAACCAAACAAAAACCGAGCUACUUCCAAAACUCUCCAAUGGCAUCUCUGAUCACCUUUACCGACAGCUGUCGUCUCUCAAACAUCCACCUUCUGGUGUUGUAGGACCAGCUUGCAUUCUAUUGGCUGCUGACUGACUCACAGGACACAGGGAGCCCAAAUCCUGUUGUGUGAUUGGACAGUUCUGAGGUGUCGUGUGAGGGGGAAGGGACUCUGAAAGUGGAGCGUUGCCUGACGGUAUUAUUGCGUAGACAGCCAGAAUAAGAUGGAACUACCACUUCGGCUCUCCUUCGGUUAAACCUUAGGAAUGUGUGUACAUUUUCAGCAGUGACUCUCUGAAUUGUUUCUUAGUUUCAGUUUACCUGUUUACCUCUCUUUAUCCUUUGGUUUUUGUUCUGUUUUCUUUGUUUUAUGAAAGUGUGACCCGAGGAAGAGGCGGGGACAGGGACUGGGCGGUGGCUUUUAGAUGGACAGUGGAGCCCAGCUCUCUGACCCUCCACCCCGGGUAGCCAUGUAAUGCCAGUCACUGCCCUUUCCUUCAUGCUGUAUAAAAACACACACAUAUAUCUGUGUAUUUGUAACCUGAAUCUUCUUGUGUCUGUCCAUGCAGACAAUAAAAAACUGUACAGUAGGUCUAGUUGCAUGUAAUCUGUACUAAUUAUUGACAAUGGCAUUAUAAAAUGCAAUAAAAUACUUAUUACACUGUC